UCCGACGCAGACCGGUCGCUCUAGUCGCGAACACCCGAGAGAAAUGUUUUCAGUUACUUAGGACGAGUAGACGGGACAGGACAUAACCGUGUGCUCCGGAGUUGAUUUUAGUUCGAUAGUUGGUGUUUGUGUUUCGUCGAGUGUUAGUAUAAUGCGGCGCGAUUGUAAAUAAACGCUGAACGUGGCAUUGUUGAUAAUUUCAACGGUCAAAGUCAACAACGAUCGCAUGGGGGUCUCUUCACGUGGCCGAUUUAUUGUUUUGGAAGAAAGAAGAUUGCAGCUCAAACUGACAUAUUUGAGCCAAUUCGAAGUGCGUGAAAUGGGAUUUGUGAAUAAAUAUGGAAACAUGUCAGAUGGGUGCGCUUCCCGGGUCAGUCCCUUUGAUCUCUUUCAUCGAGUGCGGUGAGAUUAUUUCGGUUAUGUGAAUGUGAAAUUGAAUGCUGCACGCUGACAACUGUUGCGAAAACAAGCAGUGUGUGAUAAAAAUGUGACAUCGAGAGAAAUAAAAAAAAAAACCAGUUUCGACACCAUUAUGCCAUACCAAGGAGCACCUUCCGUGAGCAUAAAAGUGGAACAAUUUGCGAAUAUUAUGUGUGACAGAGCUGCAUCGAACAGCCUAGUGAACUUGGUCUGAUCCAGAUCAUUACGUCAGUUUUAGUUUAACGUGAAAGUGAAUUGGAAUUUAUUAUACUAAAAGCAGGAUACGGUGAAGGGUUUUCGAUAGUUCAAUCGUCAAGGCUGUGCAGCUAAUUUUGGGACCUGUAUUUUUGUACAUUAUCUACUUUCAGCCACAGAUCCACUCCGAUUCGACGUUUCAUUCGCGGUGGAACAUCAUCGUUUUUUUCUUUUCGGCGUUGAAAAAAAUCUUCGAUUUGGAAGGAGAAACUGUAAUAAAUUUAGUGGUAGUCAGCAGCUAAACCAGGCGGAGAAGUUAUAAAUGUUUGGACAGCCUCCAAAAAAUAGUAGCGGGGCAAGAAGCGUGAUUAUCAUAAUGCAGUCAUUUGAUAACAGCAACGAUUUCUCAGAGGAUUUCCAACCACCAGUUCGCGACUGCUACGGAUGCAAUUCGAGCUACGACAGGUCUCAGCGACGAGCCUCUGCUGAUGUUGUUGUAGGCGAUUCAUUGACUGGAACGAUUCCGGAGCUGCCAAAUUUGGUCUAUUUUUUACAACCGAUUCCACGUGCCAGUGACCCAGAUUCGUAAAGAGAAAUAAAGAAGAUAGAAGAAUACCACGAUGCGUUGCCCAUCUGUCAGGCUGUAAAGUUACGCUGAAGCUAUAUUGGAUUGUGAUAUCAGUGGUACAAAUAGAAGGCGACCAUGCGAGUGCUACCCUACAGUGAUAAAUGUGAAUAAGUGUUAUAAAUUUAGUCUAAUUAAAAAUCAAAUCAUGCUCAAGCCAAAACGUGCGUUGGUGCUAUCAGUGAUAUCAUUGCUAAGCUCGUUGAUCUGUGCAGCUCAAAGCGAAUAUCGUACCUCAAGCAAUGGAAGCAAUAACAAUGCUGAAAAAAGUCAUAACAAGUACAACCAUUCUUCAAACAUCAAUAACAUCAGCGGCAGCAAUGUCAUCGAACAUAAUAAUCCCAAAGCGAUGAAAGACCUCCAGCGUAAUCCACCACCUUCGGAUUCAGCCAACGAAAAGACUGCCUACCAGUACGCAAUAAAUGACAGCGACUCCGGCGAAACGCCUAUAAUUUCGUCUUCGUCCGCUUCUUCGUAUCCAUAUUUUACUUCCUCAUCACCGGCGGUACAUCAUAUCGUUGAGAAUAUAACCUUCGACGUAGCUUCUGAAGGCCCCAGCACUAGUACUCGUUUAUCAUAUCGUAAGAAGACCGCUGUGCGGUCCGCACCUUACAACUACUAUGACCACCACGUCAAGUUCGCAAUUCUUCUGCCGGAAAACCCUCGAAGCAGAGAUUCUCGAAUCCUUUCAACCGUGCGGCCGGUCAUCGAGAUGGCCACCAAGUUGGUAACCAGACCGGAAGGCGUUCUUCACAAUGUGAAAAUCGAAAUCGAUUACCGCGAUACGCAAUGCUCGUCGACCUACGGGGCGCUUGGGGCGUUCGAUAUUCUGUUGAAACGCAAACCAGACGUCUUCUUCGGUCCCAUCUGCGAUUAUGUGAUCGCCCCAAUCGCACGGUAUAACGCAGUAUGGGGAAUACCUAUCCUCACCACCGGAGGCUUCACGGAUGCAUUCACAAUCAAGUCACCGCACUAUCCGACCCUGACUCGGAUGAUGGGCAGCUACAGUGACACCGGUCAGGCAUUGCGGGAAAUCUGCAGACAUUUCAACUGGACCACUCAGGCCCUCAUCUAUCAUGACAACGAUGAAAAACGUGGCAAGGGUCACUCGGACUGUUCGAUGGCCAUAUCAUCAAUCUUUCGCGUUCUCAACACGACGGAAUACUUUUCGCACAAUUUCGACGAAACCGAGACGGAUUACAAGGAGUACCUACGAAUAUUGGAGCAAACGAAGAGAAAGGCCCGAAUUGUGAUAAUGUGUGCUAGUCCUGCCACUAUUCGGGAGAUUAUGCUCGCAGCCGCCGAGCUCAACAUGGUAGAUAGCGGUGAAUACGUGUUCUUCAAUAUCGACAUUUUCAGCAGUAUGGCUGCCACAAAGAUACCGUCCUGGUUUAUGACAAACGACACGGAGGAGCGCAACAUGAAGGCAAAGAACGCUUACACCGCCAUGCUACAGGUGGUUGCCAGGCAACCGGAGGACGAACAGUAUCGCCGUUUCUCGGAGGAGGUAAAAUUGCUAACCAAGAACAAAUUCAACUACACCUACGCGGAAGAUGAACCAGUAUCAACGUUUGUCACUGCGUUCUACGAUGCCGUGCUUCUUUAUGCAUAUGCCCUUAACGACAGUAUUACCUUGCUAGGUGAACAGCAAGCCCUGAAGCAACCGAUUAAUGGAACCUAUCUAGCUCAUCUCAUGUGGGGCAAAUCGUUCAAAGGAAUCACCGGAAACGUUACGAUAGAUUCCAACGGCGAUCGCAUUUCAGACUACUCACUGCUAGACCUGAACCCGGAAACUGGAAUGUUUGAGAUAGUAGCAAACUACUUCCACGACGGAGGUCUUCAAUUCGUUGAAGGCAAAGAAAUUCACUGGUCCGGAGGUAGAACGAAAGCUCCACCUGAUCGACCAACCUGUGGAUUCGAUGGCUCAUUAUGUCCGGAUAAAUCCCUGCCCGGAUAUGCCAUUCUUUCGUUGAUUCUUGGUAUGUGUGUCAUUUUCAUGGCAAUAGCGUCGAUCCUCGGGUAUCGGCACUACAAACUCGAAGCGGAAAUCAACUCCAUGACAUGGAAAGUGCACGCCAACGAGGUGCUUUCCUGCAACCCUAGUCGAGGCCAUCGGGGUAGUCUACACCUGAUGGCCAAACGUGGCAGUCAAGCUACUAUCUACUCCGAAGACCUUAAUUCGCUGCCUGGUGACCGGCAGAUCUACAUUUUGUUUGGAUUCUACAAAGGUUGCAAAGUUGCAAUCAAAAAGAUUAACAUCAACAAUCUGAACCUAAACCGCACCAUGAUGCUGGAGUUCAAGCGAAUGAAGGACAUCCAGCACGAUCAUCUUGUUCGAUUCUACGGUGCUUGUCUUGAUCCCAGUCCGGAGCCAUUCAUACUAACGGAGUACUGUCCGAAAGGUUCCCUGCAGGAUAUUUUGGAAAAUGAAACCAUCAAACUUGAUUGGAUGUUCAAGAUUUCACUCAUGCAUGACAUUGUCAAGGGUAUGUCAUUUUUGCAUUCCACCGAGAUUCACUCGCAUGGUGCUCUCAAAUCGUCCAACUGCGUGGUGGAUUCACGCUUUGUGCUUAAAAUUACCGAUUUUGGGCUGCAUCAGCUCAGAAGACCCACCGAGGAGCUAGACCAGGAGAGCUAUGCUUAUUGGAAAAAACUAUUGUGGACCUCUCCGGAGCUUCUUCGCGAUCCUCAACACGAACUGGCCGGUACUCCAAAGGGUGACGUCUAUUCUUUCGGCAUUAUCAUCCAGGAGAUCGUAUCAAGACAGGGGCCGUUCUACAUCGGAGACGAUGAUAAAUCCCCGAAAGAAAUUAUAAAACUAGUCAAAAAUGGACCCGAUGGUUACAAUCCCCCAUUCCGACCAAAGGUGGACGAAACCUCGUAUGAGGACGUCAACAACAUUAUGGUCAAAUGCUGGGCAGAAGACCCAUUGGAUCGCCCAGAUUUCAAUCUACUGAAAACAAUUAUUAGGAAAAUCAACAAAGAAAACGAAUCUGGUAAUAUAUUAGAUAAUUUAUUACAACGCAUGGAACAGUAUGCAAAUAACCUAGAGGCACUGGUAGAAGAGCGCACACAAGACUAUUUCGAGGAGAAGCGCAAGUGUGAGGAGCUCCUGUACCAGCUGCUACCGAGGUCCGUGGCAGCGCAGCUGAUAUUGGGCAAAUCUGUGAUAGCCGAAACCUAUGAUCAAGUAACUAUUUAUUUUAGUGAUAUUGUUGGUUUUACGUCCAUUUCCGCUCAAAGCACACCGAUGCAGGUGGUAGACCUGCUCAACGAUCUCUACACCUGUUUCGAUUCCAUCGUGGAAAACUUUGACGUCUACAAGGUGGAAACCAUCGGUGAUGCUUACAUGGUUGUAUCCGGAUUGCCCGUUCGCAACGGAAAUCUACACGCUAGAGAAAUCUCUCGCCUGGCUCUGGCACUGCUGUCGGCUGUUUACAAGUUCUCCAUCCGUCAUCGACCGAACGAACAGCUCAGAUUGAGAAUAGGUUUGCACAGUGGUCCAUGUGUCGCAGGUGUGGUGGGACUGAAGAUGCCUCGUUACUGUCUCUUUGGGGAUACUGUGAAUACGGCUUCCCGAAUGGAGUCCAAUGGAGAACCACUUAAAAUUCAUAUUAGUCACAACACGAAAAGUCUGCUGGAUACAUUCGGUUCAUUCGAGGUGACGGAGCGUGGUCUGGUGCCGAUGAAAGGCAAGGGUGAAAUGCUAACAUACUGGUUAAAUGGCGAGAGGUCUGUGCCACUGCAUACUAGCUUCAAAUCGAACAAAUUUUCCGAAGGCACAACACCGGAAAGUGGACCGUUGGCUCUGUUGAAUGGUGCUCCACCCACCGGCAUUCUUAAUAAUAACAACAACAGUAACAUGUAUAGUCUGAACAAUGCCGGAGGCGGUCCAAACAAGAAGCUCAAUAAUGUCUCAUACAACUUCAUCAAAUCGGGCAGCACCAAGAACAUGAUAAACUCCAAAGGCCGACGCAGCCUUGGAGGUGAAGACCAGAUACGCAGCGUGACACAGCCCUUGCUCACACAAAUCAAUUGAUAUUUACUCCAUCGAAAGUAGAACCGACAUAUGUAGAACAUGUAGCAAAACCCACAUAACAAGUACCUAAUCAACAGGAUUAUUUAGGGCACCGGAACACAGGAAUGCUAAACUAAAAAGGCAAUAAGUGGUUCUCUUCACGCAAGAAAGUUGAGACCGGAAGAAGAAAAAUAUUGAAUGUGCACAAAACAUAUACCAAAAUCUGUCUAAAUGAAACGCAUGUUAGAUCAUCCUACGAAAGUUUAUGUACUUACCAUAUUUGUGAUCUAUUUCUUAGUCCUAGCAGUACAUGUAAGCUCUAAAAAUUUAGUGACGAAUUUUAAGUUUUUAUACACAGUCAGGACAGCAACAAAAAUACAUCAACAUCAUAGUUGCAUUUCAAAACCCGCCAAAACUAAAGCAAGCAAAAUUAGUAAAUAUCAAAAUUACUUAGCGAGAUUGUAACCAGGCUGCUGGUUCAGAUAAAUUUAUGUGAAAGAUGU